ACAUACUCUCGGCGGUACGGUCGCUCUUAUCAAGGCUUGGACACAGUGGAUGCCAAUCUCUGCUAUCGGAAGGUUGGCAAAGUGAACGCUGAUUGCCGUCUCCGUGUCUCCAAAUCGCAAUGGGGGCAGCUAGGAGAGCAGAACACUUCCGCCGGGGUGGUUUAUAUGGAUCUCACUUUCGAUCAAUCGCCCCUGUGUGUUCUCCGAAGCGCCAGUGUGACAAUAUCGCUCGAGGAGAUCACUAGCAGUCGCCGUGCGCCGACCGAUGACCGCCGAUUCUCUCGGCGGCGCCGUCAGUCGGAGAUCCAUCUCCCAGACCCCCUGAAUCUCCGGAUGACGGACUAUUACGGCCCCAAGAGCUUAAGUGGAGAGCCUUCCCGGGUGACGGUCAAGAAAGCACUGAAUCUUACCCCGGAAGUGAACGUGCUGGGCAGCGGUGGCGGGGGGUUGGGCAUGAACAAAGAGAAGCAGACCAGCUACGAGAGUCGGUGGUCGUUCACCGGCCUUCUGUUACCCACCCCGCCGCGCUCGGCAUAUCGCACGUUGAAGUGGGAGUUUCACGAGAGUGAUCCCGAUCACCAAGCAUUGCGCAGAAAGAUAUUCCACACCGCGUUUGCCUUCCACCAUGACAAUCAGUCCUUCCACAUGAAGGUCGAGAUUCAGGGCAAACUUCACCGCCACCGAGAUCGUCUGAAGAAUCGCGUCCGCCAGAUGAGGUUUCCCGAUCCUUUCAAGCAAGGCCAGGGAGUCAGUGAGAUUCUCGUCCAUCCCAGUAGCAGGAAACAGUUACGCCCUUGCCGGCUGGAUGCUCUUGCUCAAGGUCUGCCAUACGCGAUGGAGCAAGAAAACGCGUUGCAAACAUCGGUCCAGCUUCCGAGUGCCCUGCCGGUGUCUUUUCAGGAU